UUUUAUUUUAAUGUCUCCACUGUGAACGGUAUUUUGGUAGGACGGUAUUUUGUCCCGUCACGUGAAAAAGAAUGGAAGAACAUUUUCCGAACAUUUGUUAUGGGCGUUUUUUUUGUUGUCGAUUUUCAAUAUUUUUUUCCAAAAUCUAAAAUUAAACUCUUUUGUUGUUUAAACGUCAUUUUCAAGAGUUUCCGUCGAUUUUUAGUAAAUUCGUUCUUUUUCUUUUUUAUUUCAUUUACUAAACGAGAGAGAGACACAAUCAGUCAACAAGGCUGGCAGGCAAUAGAUAUGAAAAAAAAAGGCGGAACGAGAAAAUACGGCGAGAAUGUCCACAAAAAUAUAAUCCUGUCACCACCAGCCUCAAAUUUACCGGGUGGCCAGACGAAAAAUUAGUUAAAAGAAAAAAAAGGUUAGAGAAAAAAGUUGAAGAAAAGAAGAGAGAAAAUAAAAAGUGUAGGGUAAUAUGAAAUAAACUGAAGAGAGUUUAGAGAAAAAGAGUACUAUAUUAAAGUGCUGAAGACUUAAGUUGUUCCAGUCUAAUUUAAAAAGACGUAAGUAAAUAUCUAUUUUUUGUGUCUGUCGUCUGUCUUUUAGUGAAAAAUUGGCUGUAGAAAUUAGAGAAAAAUAAAAGCAAAGUGGUUAAGAGAAGGUUAAAGAAGCUGGCAGAA